CGGGCCGCUACGAACCUGGCAACCGGAAUUGGAACCUGAACCACGGGCUGCAUACUCGUCGUCAAGCGGGCUGCUCCGUUGCGGGUACGUUCGGGACUGACGUACCGGCAGCACGCUAGUGACGUGCGUGCAUUAGCGUCGCGGGGCAGUAACUGGUUUAGUCUGCAGUUCAGGUUCGGUUCGACUACGGUCCCCGAGCGUCCAAGUCUCGCGAGCUCACGACGCAGCUGCGCUGAGGAUAUAACUCACUCCCAUACCCCGCCCAUCCACCUCCCGUUCCUGCUCGCUCUCCAUCCCUCAUGGCUUCCGACAUGCGCAUUCAGAGCGGAGUCCACCAAUGAACCCCCAUCCCCCCCACCCACAUCCGUCUGCGUUCAAGUCUGCCUCCCUCUCCGGUCCCUCGCCUGCUUACGAAGUCACCUCGACCCCCUCAGAACCGCGCCGUGCAACCCUGCCCUCCUUCGACACCAUGUCCGUCCUCGCCGCGGCCCCCAUGCUCACCCCCCUCCACGCCGCCCCCUCGUGGGACAAGCGCCCGUCUGAUCCCGCCGCUUGGGCCUCGACCUCUGUCCGCGGCCUGUCGCCCUACACGGCCUCCGUCCUGCCGCCAAUUCAUGCAGACGACCCGCCCGACGACCGUCACCGCCUGCCCUCCCUGCUGCACAACCACAUCGGCCAGCCCGCCUUGAUCUCUCCCCACGACCAGCAGCAGCAGUCCCAGGCCCAUCCACAGUACCACCCCCAGCCCCCGCUGCAACCCCAGCCCGCGCGCGACAAGCCCCAGCAGCCGCAGCCUCAGCAGCAGCACCAACAGCAGCAGCACCAACAGCAGCGCGACCAGGCCCCUGUCUUUCCCCAGUCCGCCGCAGCCGCCGCGCUUCCUGUCGCGCUCGCUGACGCGCCAUCUCCCCACACUCACCAGUCCCAUUCCGAGGCCGUCGCCCACGCCAUGGCCGUCACCUCCUACCGCAGGGGCAUCGAGCGCAUCCAGGAAAACUCUUCCCACAUCUACCACUUCGUUGCCAGCAACAUGCCCACCGCCGCUGCGGCUGCUGGCCAGUCCUUCGAUGCCGCGUCCUCACCCACCAUCGGCGCGUCUGGCUACCCGCCUGGCUCGUCCCUGCCGAUGAUUGAAGACAUCCUCAAGCGUGCCCAGGAAAACGUCCGCUUCCUUCAGGCAUGGAGGGACGCUGCCGUUGCCGAGGAGCUUCAACGCCGGGCAGCUGUCGCCGCCGCGACCGCCGCUGCCUCUGCCGCCUCCGUUGUCGACAAACCACCACUUUUGCACGCGCCCGCAGCAGAUUCCUCGUCCGUCGCUGCUGCCGCCAUCGGCCCCGCCGGAUACUCAGUCAUGCCCGCGACCGCGACACUCGCCUACCCCGUCGCGGCCUCGUCCUCGUCCGCGUCAUCUCCCGAUGGUGGUAACGGCCUCAACACAAUGAGUACGUCUGCUGCGCAGCCUGCCGCGGGCUCGUUGUCGUCGUCAAAGUCCGGGGCGACGGGGAAGAAGAGGAUCCGUGGAUCGCAGCCGAGCCGGUGCCGUCAGUGUGGAAUAUCUGAGACGCCUGAGUGGAGGCGCGGUCCUGAUGGUGUGAGGACGCUUUGCAAUGCCUGUGGAUUGCAUCAUGCCAAACUGGUCAAGAAACGCAACAUGAUGGCUGCCUCGAGCAACGGCAGCAAGAGCUCACACACAAACGGCAGCAACAGCAACACAGCCGCCGGCGUCGACAACACGCGCAAGCUCUCGCCACGAUCGGGCUCGGCAUCUCGUGCACACGUGUCGGGAAGCUCAUCGGCUGCCGUCUCGAGUGGCUCGUCGCCGGCGGAGGAUACGAUCAACAAACCUCUCGGAGUUGUGCCUUACUACACUUAUGGAUACCAGGCGGUGGCAGGAACCGCGAGCCGUCAACCGCCCGCGCCGCAGAUGAUCCAACAGGUACCUCAAAUGUAUCCUCCCUACCCCGGCGCGCAACUGACUGCCCAUCCCGAGCAGCACUAUGACUACCGAUCUCAGCGCUCGUCGUUUGAGCCGCCGCGACCGGUGCCGCAGGAUCUGUACAACAGCAACAACAACAUCAACGGCAGCCACAGCAGCAGCAGUAGCAGCAGUAGCAGCACUACGACGGUAGCGACGACGACAACGACGACAACGGCGGCAUCCCCCUCAGCCAACAUCGCCAGCGGCAGCAGCAAGACUAACGGUAACGACGCGAAUGACAGCAGCAACAGCAACGGGGACAACAACAAUCACGACAAGUCUGCUGCCGAGUCGAAAGAGAGCUCAGAUCACUGAGCGGUCUUGAAUAUUAGCGCUGUCCUCUGACGAUUUGCUUUUACUAGCUUCUUCUUUCUGUUGAGGUUUCUUAUUUCCCGGAUAUAUAUUAUAUAUAGGUGCUCGACCUUUUUAUUGUUCUGCAGUAUAUUAAUAUUUGUAUAAUGUUAUAUAUUACCAUUCUCGAUAGCUUUUUUAUUUGGUAUUUUCUGUUUUAUUGGUUUGUUCUAGCGUUUCUGCUUUCUGUUUAAUACUCACUAAUGUCGUUCUUUCUGUUAACCUUCCUAGUGAAAUUAAUGUGUUGUGACUUGCUUUCUUACCUUAUAUAUUUUUAUUAUCACGCCGGGUUGUU